AUGGAUAACCUAAAAAUGCAGACUCAAAUGGUUACUCUAUCAACACUAUUGGUGUCGAUAUCCAUUGUUUUACUAUUACCUCGUGUUUUUUCGAGCCCAGACGUCAUUGGUGACAUAUACUGGUGGUGCAAUCAGACUCCAUAUCCUGAACAAUGCAAAUACCACAUGAAUUACAUUCCGAAACUCACUUCAGUGAUUCAAAGACAACAGUUCUUAACAAGAGCCGAGCAAGCAGCCUUACAAGAGGUCAAUUCUGCACUGCAAUUCAUCAAAUCACUUGAGCCGAAGGUCAUCAGCAAUGCGGAAAGAUCUGCAUGGACAAACUGUUUAAUAUUUUAUGAUCUCACAAUUUAUAGGCUCAACAAAACUCUUGAUACAACUAUAAAAAGUACAGCUGAUGAUAUCCAAACAUGGCUAAGUGCUGCUGCAACAAAUAUGCGUACAUGCAAUGACGGAUUCUUAGAUCUAGACAUGACUGAUAACAUCUACCCUCUUGUAAUCUCAAACAAUGCGACGCAGCUAAUAAGCAACUGUUUGGCUGUCAACUUUGCUAUUACACAACACAUUGAAGACAUCAAACAGGAUGCCUUGAUUUUGAAUAUUUCAAGAAAAGAUGAGCCCUUCAGGAUCAGUGCGGAUUGCGUGGUAGCUCAAGAUGGCUCCGGAAAUUACAGAACCAUUACUGAAGCUCUAGCAGCUUCAGAUCGACGAACACACAUGCAUUUUGUCAUUCAUGUAAAACAAGGGAUCUACAAGGAAAUUGUUAAUGUCACACAAAGUGACAUUGUGCUGAUUGGUGAUGGUAUAGACAAGACCGUUAUUACUGGGAAUAGGAAGUUGCCGGAUGAGGUCACUGGUGAUGGAUUCAAGGCAUUUUUAAUAACCUUUGAGAACACAGCUGGUGUAGAAGCAGGUCAGGCUGUGGCAAUGGCAUCCUACUCCGAUCGUUCUGUCUUCUACUACUGUGCUUUCAAAGGCUACCAAGACACUCUUUAUGCCAAUUCCAACCGCCAAUUCUACAAAAAAUGCCUAAUCUAUGGCACCGUCGACUUCAUAUUCGGAAAUGCUGGUGCAGUCUUUCAGGACUGCACAAUCUAUGCCCGAAAGCCCAAAAUCCAAGGAGGCCUUGUAGUCACUGCCCAAGGCCGAGCGAGUCCACACGAGAACACUGGAAUUACAAUACACAGAUGCAGUUUCAUGAGAGCUCCAGAACUCAGACCCUUUCCGCAGUACAAAGCUUUUUUGGGGAGGCCAUGGAGAGACUUUUCUCGUACUGUGUAUCUGCGUUCUUCAAUUGGUGAUUUGGUGGACCCUGCAGGGUGGAUGGCAUGGGUGGGAGCGCCUCAGAGUAGAUAUUAUAAAUUGGAUUACGGGGAGUUUCAAAAUUAUGGAGCUGGUGCAUCAACUUACGGGCGAGUUAAAUGGCGUGGUUAUCAUGUUAUAAAUGAUCUUCGAACAGCUGAAGCUUACGAUGUUACUAAUUUGAUUAACGGUAAUUUAUGGCUUCCGGCCACUGCAGUGCCGUUUGAUGCCGAUGUUUGA